AUAAUUAACAGCAAGAAUUUUAACAUAUAACAUUUCUCAAGUAUACACUGUAAAUUUCGGUAACAGCAGUUUGAGAAAGAAAGAAAGAAAGAAAAAACUUAGGUAAUACUUAAUGGACAGUUUACUUGUUGCAGAACAUAAAAGAAAUGGUGAAAAAUGAAAAAGAGGGGAAAACAAGGAUAAAUAUAAAAAAAAUCCCGCAUGCAUCAAACUGACUGUUCUGCAUGGCACAUGACGAGCAAGCUCUUCUUUUCCAUUUUUUUCCGCAGCUCCCUUGCAACAAACUAGCCCACUGUAGAGUAGUAGCCGCAUGCACAAAAUUUACCGCAGUAACAGUGCAAACACCCACUGCGUCAUCUGCCUUUCUUGUCACCUUGUCUCCUUAACCGCGCGAUCGAUCUCUCAUUACCCUUUCACGUGCUGUUUUCACCGCAUCAACUCAACCUCUCCGUGAACACCCCAAAGCUUGAGGGUUCUUAUUAAUUACCAGAACAAAUCAAUAAAUAACCGCAUCACCGCCAAUAUUUUUUUACUGUAACAUCUAAAGAGGCGACCACUAUAAUUAACACAGCAACGAAUCAAAAAAAGGGGGGGGGGGGGCAUGCAGCAGCGACGACGACACGACAUGGAUCGAGGUGUUGCUAGGUGCAUAUAUGAGGAAUGGAGAAUUGCCGGAGCAUGGAGAUGCUGAGAGAGAUAGUUCUUGUGAUUUUUGGUUUAGAGGUGUAGAGAACUAGAGAUUUGGACGAGCAUGCAUGGAGGCGACAGGUGGGUAGACACAAAUGUCACAUGCGAGCGAGAGAAAGAAAAGAAGCCAUGGAGAAGUGGAGGAGGAUGAGAGUCACCGGGGGAUAAUGCCUGGGUGCGCGCGGACGGAUCGAUCACUGGACCAUGCCCAGGAAAGACGAUCCGGCUGUUGUUGUCGGGGCCGCAGCCGUGCUGGGAGCGGCGGCGGUGCCGGGCGGGUUUCCACCGCCGGCGCCGGCGUUCGGCCUGACGGCAUUCGGAUGCUGCUGGUGAUGGUGCGGUUGCUGGCGCUGGAACUGGAUCUCGUACUGCAUUUUGUUGCCGUCGACAUCUUCGUCGUCGUCGAUUCUGUUGUAGCCACUGACCACCGCCUGCGUCUGCUGCUGCUGCUGCGGCGCCUGCCUCUGCUCCAUCAUCUCCUUCAUAAUGUCCUCUUCUUCGCCGCCGAGGCCGCGCCGCCGCCUUCGCCGACGAACCUGCUGGCUCCAACGCUGCCGUUGCUCGCCUGCGUUUGCAUGCCUCUGGAGCCGUGCUCUGAUGCGCCGCCGCCGUUCCCGUUCCCGGUGCCUCCGUUCUUGGCAGCGUAGUGGUGGGACUGAGAAGGCUGUGUCGGCGGCGGCGUCUGUGAGAUGGGCGCCGCGGCCGUGACGACCGUGACCGUCUCCUGCGGUGCCGGCAAUGCGUUGGCGUGCACCGGGGCUCCGACGCCGGAGGAGGAGCUCAGCGCUGCCUUGUUGCGGUAGAGCGCGUCGAGCUGGUGGAAGUAGGGGCACGUUUUGGAGUCCUCGGGGCGCUUCUUG